UGCUAAGAUAGCUCAUAUUCAUAAGUCAUAUAUCUAUGACUAGUCUAUAUCUAUACAGUCACAAUACACUAGUCACUACAGUGUAUACAGAUCUAGAUCUAUAUAGAUAUCUAGAUAGAUAUUUAAGAAGUUUAGAAAAGGUGACUUGCGAAUCCCAAUUAAUUAAAAAAAAUGAUGGCAUUACGGCAGCUUCAAAUUUUAAGAUUCUAUCAAGCAUUGUCUAGCAAGGGCUUGAAACUAUCUUCUAGUUCUCAAUGUAAGACUCAUAACAAAAAUUGCUGUUGCGGCUCAUCUCAAUUUUCAUUCCAAAGCCAGCUCUCACAUCAUUCUCUAGCAAGUGUCAAACCAAACACUAAAGCUAAACAGAUUAGUAAGCAGAAAGAUGUGAGAAUCCUAUUUCCUUGGUGCAACAAAGGCUGCUGUGCUUCUCAUUCUCCCCAACAGGACAGACAUAAAGCAGACCAGUUUCCUAAAGCAUCAACCUUACGUUUUGUUUUAAGUGUUAUUGUUGGUGCCUUAUUCUCAUGGACUUUGUACUCCCUAGUAACAAAAGAUGAGGGAAACCCAUUCCACCAUCAUUUAGUUACCAAUGCUUUGUGCUCCUCUAAAUCCAAGUCGGAUGAUGAUUCUGACCAGAAAGACAAGAAGAAAGAUAAGAAAAAAGAUAAAAAGAAAGAUAAGAAGAAAAAAGGUUCAAAAAGAAAUAAAGAUAAAAAGACAAAAGAUCAGAAAAUGUCUCUGUCAAGUGCUAUAGAAAAAACUCAACAGUUGUGUAUAAAGAAAAAGGAGCAAGUGGGCUGCCCUGGCAUUGUUGUUUGUGUCAGUGUUGAUGGAAAGCAAGUGUAUGCUGAAGGAUUCGGCUAUGCUGACCUAGAAAACCAUACAGCUAUAAAGCCCAACUCUGUUCUGCGUAUUGCAAGUAUCAGUAAAGCUAUCACUGCAACUAUUGUGGCCAAACUUUGGGAAAACAAAUUGCUAGACCUUGAUCAAAUAGUCCAACAUUACGUGCCAGAUUUUCCAGAGAAAGAGUUUCUUGGUGAAAAGGUGUCCAUAAAGGUGAGACAGUUAUUGAAUCAUACUUCAGGUAUCAGACAUUACAAGGCUGAGAAUGACCCUGUAUAUGCUAGUGAUAAGAUCAUUGGAUCCCUUCUUAACAAGUUCAAGGCUGUUACAGUGACCCCAUUCUUCCAUAUGAAUCAAUCCAAAAGUUGCCAGAAAACUAAAGUGGAUCAGAAAUGCAAGAAGAUAAAAAAAGAACGUUCUGAAAUGGAUAGAAAGGAAUACUACAUCACUAAACCAUAUAAAACCACGAAAGAAGCUUUGAAUUUGUUUAUUAACGAUCCAUUACUGGCUAAACCAGGCAGUAAGUAUAUCUACACAACCUAUGGAUACACUGUGUUGGCGGCCAUAGUGGAAGCUGUGACAAAGAAACCUUUCACUGAUGUGAUGAACGAAACACUACGUCAUCUAGGUCUACAGGAAACUUACCUGGAUUAUAAUGAUCCAAUUAUAUAUAACAGAGCCAGGUACUAUGUUAAAAACAAUCGAGGCAAUAUAGUAAACUCGCCUUAUGUUGAUCUGUCCUACAAGUGGGCUGGUGGCGGCCUAUUGUCUACUCCAGAAGAUAUUGUCAAGUUUGGUAACAUCUUACUCUACUCUGCACAGCAUGGCAAUGAAACAACUGGAGCACCUGGCUAUCUCUCAUCAUCAACUCUGUCAACUUUCUGGCAACCACAAGAAACCCAAACAUCUAGAUACUAUGGCCUGGGCUUUGAAAUAGUUCCAGGCAAGGAAGAGUAUGGUCUUUGUCCAGAUCUCAAGUUUGGAGCUGGUCAUUCAGGUGCUGCUGUAGGUGUUAGUAGUGCCUUAUUCAUUUUGCCCAGAUCUCUACCAGAGGGUUUCGCAGGUACUCACAGUGCACCAAAACCUGCAGAGAACAUCCAACAAGAGGUAAACUCAUUGCCUGGACAGAAAAACAGCUUGAACCCUGUCACAUUACCUUGUGACCAUCUCAUGGUUACUUCUGGUCAUUUGGUCAGUCUUAAUAAUGCUGAUGGACACAUAUCUAAUGCAGAUGAGGCCCUAACAGCUAAGUUGGUAUCAAAUGUUAAAGAUAAGCCUAAGAAGGACAAGCUACCACAGACUUUUACUCCACAGGGUGUUGUGGUGGCAGUGUUUGUCAACAUGAUUGAUGUCUCCGUCUCUGAUGUGGCUGAAAAUGUUGCCAGAAUUUUUGAAAAGGUGGACAUGUCAGAGUAGCAUUGAAAGUUGGAUUAACUCUUUCUCUUCGGAAGUAUUUUCGAACAUUUGGAUGCAAUGAAAUUUGGAAUGCAAAACAAUUCUUUGAUGAAAACUUAUAUGACUAUUUUGUUUGAUACCUGAAAAUGUUAUAUUUAUUAAAAAAAAUCAAAGGAAAAUGCAUGCUCUUCUAUAAAAUAGAUAUAAAUAUUUGUAAAACCAAAAAAUAUUUUAAUAUUGAUUUAUGAAAAUUAAAAAUGAAAACUUAGCAACUGCUGAACAAACUGAAGAAUUGAUUAAAUGUAGGUUAAAAUUUUAUGAUUGGAAUAGAAAGAAAAAUGUUUUCAUCAUAUUCAUAUUCAUAUUGUCACAAAACUUUGUAUACGUCACAUUUAAAACUCAUGAAUGAAAUCUUCAGCUAAUAAUCCUUGCCACUACCUUUGGAAAAAUGAAAAAUGAACAACUGUCGACAAGUCUAGCUCUAGCUCUAGACUGUAUAUUGGAAUUAUAUAAUGAUCCAAAUUAUAAAAAUUAUUUUCUACAAUAUUUAUUUAUAUUUUUGACAAGACUUCACCUAACCAUAUACACAUUUAAAAACAUAUGAUUGUCUUGAGCUCAUUAUCCCAUAUUGCUAUCAUCUGGAACAUCAAUGUAAAGAAAAUAAGCCCUCUCUUUUUAAAAGCAUCUUUCUUGGUAAAUACAAAUGGAAAGAAGGAAAUGCUGGAUGUUUAGCAAAGGAUAACUAGUUGAGAACAAGUUUUAAGCAUUUAAAAACAUAUAUGGGAAAAACAACAAAUUUAAAUCCUACACUAGGGCCAGGUCAAAUCAACACUUGGGAGUGUUGUUACUGAGAGAAAGAGUUAGCUAAGUACAUAUCACAUUUAUCAAACCAUUGCUUUUAACAAUCUAUAUUUAAUUUUUCUUCUAUAAUUUAUUGUUUUAUAUUCUCCUAAAAAUAUUGUUCUUCUAUCUCAUGAGUUUGUUACAGAAUUUAUUAAUGUAAUAUGAUAUACAUGAGUUAUCAGGGUAAUAUUGAAGCUGUUUGUAAAUGAACUUUUCAAUAGUUCUUGUAUCAUUAAUGUUAUGUUUUUUUUUCCUGUCUUUUUUGCAACUGAAUGAUUUGCAGUAUGUAAUAUGUUGGCAAUAGAGGACUGUCCUAGUUUAACAAAAUGAAAUUUUUAUAGUUUGAAAAAUGUUUUAUUGCAAGUGCAUGGACAAUCCAGUCUCAUGAAAUUAUUAGUACUUCAGCAGUAAUGGUUGCAGGUACCAUAAAAUUUCUCAUGAAAAACUCACUACCUAACCUUUGAAAUGGUGUUUAGAUUUUUUUCCCCUUAAGGUGGAUAAUUCAUUUUUUGUCUUAAUCUAGGAUACAUUUUUUUAUCAGAGCUUUAUAAAAAUGUAGGGGCUCUUUUUUCUAUUCUAUUAAUCUUGUUUAAUUUUAGAAUUCACUUUUUUACAGUUAAAAGCCAUUAAAUUGUAGCUUUACAUCGAAAUAAAAUUUCAUGACCGAAGCAUUAAUCUGACUCAGUAUUUUUUAUAACGGCUAAAUAUUAAUUUGUGAGCUUGGUGGCUGAGUGGUUAAGUGCUUAGCUUCUGAACCAAGAGGUCCUGAGCUUAAGUCUCUGUGACUGGGACUUUUAAUUUCAUGAUUUUUAGGACACCACUGAUUUCACCCAACUCUAAUGUGUACCAGACUAUGGUGAAAGUUGGUGAAAGUAAGGUGGUUGGUCAAUGUGCUGGCCACUUGACAUACUUAUAAGAAACAGAUAGAUAUUAAGAUCUAAAAGGAAACACAUUAUUCUAAAUAGCUUUGUAGAGAAAUUAAAGAAUUUCAGACUGUGACUCAGUCAUUGCUCUGUCAUUCUUUCAUCUUUAAUUCAUUGUUUGUUCAUUUCAAGUUUUAAAAGCAAAUUCUAAAAUGUUUAAAUUUCCAAAUUUAUAUUUCCUAUUUUUAAAAGCUUUCUUAUUACUUUUAAAGCUGGUAUAUAUGCAAUCUAGUUCCUCAUAUGUAACAUUACUGGUUGCACAAUUUGAACAGUUCACAUUAGGUUUAUUCUUUAGAAUUCCUAAAAUCUAAAAAAUUUCCAUAGCAUGGAUGAUGUUUCCAAAGAUUUACAGCUGUGUAAUUCCCAAGUAAAUUUAAUGGUUAUAGUUAUAGAUGCCCAGAUACCUCUCUGGCCACCAUAUUGUACCAACUAACCCAUGACCUCUUUUCUGCUUUUUUAAACAGAUAUUAGCAUUAAAAAAAAUCAUUCGAACAUUAACUAAUCAAGCAAAUAUAAGAGUUCAGUUAUACUUGGUUUGUCUGAUAUUUUUUAUGUUUAAAAAUUUGUUUCAAAAAUGUUUUCACAUAAUAUGUUUAAUAAUUAAACUCAAGAAUUAUGAAAUCCAAUUCUUAGCAUUCCUCUGUAAUAUCUUUUAUUCCUUGAUUGAUAUAAACACUUUUUUUUUUUCUUUUACAUCUUUUUGUCGGCCUCCAGCAGAAAAUUAUUUACAUCUCAUCUAAAUUCCAUCACAUUAUUAGUUCUUUGACGUGUGUCAUUGUGAUGCUGCUUUUCUUCAUGUAACCAAAUCUCCACUCUUUUCAGUCAGUGGCUAUGCUGAAUAUCAAGAUGGAGGCUGAUCCAUUUUUUCAAGUUGUCCAACUAGUUUUUCUUUGGACAAUUCUUUUUUUCAUGCUUCCUCCUUCAAGGAUGACUUAUGACAUUGAGUUAUGUCUUACAAUGGUUGGAAGCGUGGUCGAAAUGCUAAGAACGCUUGGCUUGGCUACCUAUGAAGGGGGCUUGAGGUUCGACACCCGACUCAGGCAGCACGAAAAACCUUCUCCUAGAUACCCCCUCCCCCCCACUGGUCCACAAAUGUCAUUGGACCAAAGCGCUUUGCUAUAAGCAUGAAAUUUAUUUUAUUUUUACAAUAUUCAUGAACCAGCUCAGCGUUUGUCUCUUCACAAUAUUGAAGAGUUCUUUCUUUUUACCUGCGGGAGUGUUCUUAUCUUUUCCUAAUAACUGAUUUCUGUAGCAAUUAGGCCUAUUCUUUUAGACUUGAUUUCUUCUUUUAGCCUCAGCGUUCAGCAUCCAACUUUCUCAACCAUAUAAGAGAAUAGAGACUGCUGGGAAUACAGUUUUAACUUUACUUAUGGAUGUUCCAUAAUUUACUAAUGCCAAGGUUAAAUGGGUUUUUGUCACUUUUAGUUAUCUCCCAUCUCUUUAAAUGUUGACCCUAGGUAUUUAAAUUAGUCAACUUCUAAUGUUUGAUCCUAAAUAUUAAUAGAGUCUACUUCCAAUGUUUGACCCUAACUAUUUAAAGGAAUCAACUUCUUAUUUUUUACCCUAGCUAUUUAAAUGAGUCAUUUAGCUGUUUGCGCUUGUAUUUUAUUAUCCAAUGAAAUGUAAAAUGAAAAAAAAACGUGUUCUGAUACAUUGAAUUUUGAAUGUUUGGUUUCACUUGUAUGGAAUUAUUUUUAAUGGUUUAAUAAUAUUUUUUGUAAAUUGAAUUUCUUAUUACAUGAUUCUAAUUAUUAAACAAUCAGCUGAUUUCAAUUCAUGAAAAAAAAACAA